AUGUCAGGUCGAGCUCGUAGGUACAUGAGUAAAAGGGACCGCGCUUGUGAUUCCUGUCGGGCCCGUAAGGCAGCUUGUCGCAUUGAUCGAGCACCUCCCUGUUAUCUUUGCACGCUUCAUGGGAAAGAAUGCACAUUCCUACAGCCAAGCUCAAGGCCGCGCCAGAACUUUACUCAGACCGUUAGCUCACGGAAUUCCCAACAAACUGAUCUGAGCCCACGCUCAGAGCUGCCUGGGGUCUCCCCAGUUGGCGACUCCGUCCACUACGAUAUGUUGAUGUCGAUCGAUGGUGGUGGGGUAGACCAUUCAGCUGCCACUGCACCUGGGGAGUUUCAUGAUUUCUUUAAUGGAGCCGAUGUGUCAUUGCCUGGUGGCUUUGGAGAUAGUACUUGGCCAACUGGAUUUAGUCCAGGUAGCUUCAUCUAUCCAUCCCCUAGGCUGCCAGGGACUGGCCCUUCAGAGGAUGGAGGCUCAUCGCAAGCCGCUUUUUUGUUGUUACCUAUGCAGGAGGCUGACUCGUCGAUUUGCCUUGACACUCAAGGUCCAAUGACACCGCAAUUGCUUGGCAGUAGUGGUGAUAUGGAUCCUUUGCUGAUGAAUCGUUAUCAAUACGACAUAUCUGGCGCUUUUCAUUUCAAAAAUCUCAAUAUCCAAUCCAUAUCCUCAGGGAACGACGCAACACAGUUUUUACUGUCAAAACCAUCAAUAUUUACUGCCAGCAGGGAGGAGAAUGGAUGCAAUAACGUAUCUGCCUUUGGAUUAAGACAGGAACUCGAAUCUUUGGUCCCGGGAGAUAUCGGCCUGAGACUAAUCAACCUGUUUGAGAGGAUCGUCGCACCAGAUUACCCAAUAAUUGGCCCACCUGGCCAGUUAAAUACCAGCACCAGUCCGCCAUACCUCCUUGCGAGCGUAUACCUAAUUGUCGAACCCUUCACUAAAUUUGACGAAAGACUAUGCAUUGAUCUCGCAUAUGAUAAGCCAUCAGCUGUGGCACUAUAUGAGAUUAUCAACAAAGCACUACCAUAUGAGAUACAUGCACCCAAGCUUUGUGUGGUACAGACAAUGCUUCUUUUGGCUAUUCGACCCUAUCCUAAUCCAAUUGUUCUGGACAGUGGCUUCAAAUGGUCCCAAUUUGCCACUCUUAUUGCUUGUGCUCACACCCUUGGACUACAUUUGGAUCCAAAGUCAUGGCGGAUACCUCCGUGGCAAAUUGCCCAGCGACGCUGUCUGUCCUAUUUCAUUUAUUCGACAGACAAGUGGCUUGCGUUGAGCCUUGGUCGGCCACCUUUACUUCAAUAUGAUAACUGGCUCGUGACAAGUCCUAGCCAAGACGAUCUUCCUGCCAGUGGACUUGACCCUGUAGCUUGGACGAAUAUCAUGAAGCGAGCGAAACUUGACUCUCUGCUUGAUCAGGUUCUAACCAAAUUAUACUCACCUCGUGCCAUUAAUACCAUUUGUACCGAUUACGAGAAAACCAUCGCACUGACUGGGCCACUACUUGAAGAACUAUUCUCAUGGCACAGACCGGGAUCUGCAUCAUCGGCCGAUUUGAGAUCAUCAAAUCAAGGCAGACCAAUUGGACUAGCAAAAACACUCGAGAUGAACUAUCAUUAUAUUCAUCUGAGUAUUUGCAGAGCUAUUUUGAGACCGUUCCUGCAGCGAACCGCCGAAACCCCGAAUGAGACCGAAUAUAUAAUGGCGCGUGAGCAAGCCCGAAUCCGAGCAGAAACUUGCAUCUCAGCAGCAGCGGGGUUUAUUCACGAACUGCGGCCGGAGGACCUUGAGGCUCUAUGGCCGGCAUGGAGUGCAACUGCAUUCUCGUCCAUCUGUUUCCAAAUCCUGCAUAUGGCUGCCAGCUCCCUUGAUAGGAGCGAGGCAGAUAAAUGGGUUGCGUGUCUGCACAGAGUGCGCCGGGAUAUGCGCCUGAAGGCCGAUGUUCUGCCUUGCCUUCAUCUUGGCCUUCUACGGAUUGACUCUAUAUUUUGGAAAGGAAUUAACAAUGUGUUACAUUUGGAAGAACAUGUUCGACAGGCGUUUGCAUCGGGUUCAAGUAUUGGUCGGCCUCUUGGUAUAGCUGUUUCUGCCAAGUGA